AAAUUACAUCUUGCAAUUUAUCACAUGUCAGAUUGACAAUUAUUAAAAGAAUCAUCAAAAUUUAGUCGGUUUUACUCAUCAAUGCCUCUAUGACAAAUCAUAAUUUGAUUGCCUUUUUGCAGCAAUUUCAAGGGGAAUUACAGACUGCCAUAGACUUUUUUACGACAUACGUCAAACAGUGUCAAUCGAGUAAAGCGAUAUCAAUAAACUACAGCUACACUGGAAGGUUAUCGGAUGAAUGGAGUGGAAGAAAAAUUAGUGUUUCCACACAGCAGGAGUGCGAUGCUCCCAAUUAUUAUUACGGUGACUUACGUGUCAUGUCACGAUUAUUCUCUUCAAAGAAUAAAAAAAGCAAAUCAUCUUCCACUUCUGCUGGAAAGAGCGAUGCAAUAUUUACGAGCAAUGUUGAUACAAACACAAAAUUGACGGCAAAGGAAGAUGUGGCAACCACAGUUCAGGCGGAAGUUCAACAUGAUGAAACUCAGUAUCAUUCCGAUUCGGCAGUACUAAAUAUCGAAUCACUAAUUAAUAAUUAUAAAAGAAACAUCCCUACCUUAGAUAAAAGGCGAAAUAAACCAUUAAUCCCAGAUAAGUUUGCUGAACAUCAGCCGGUUACAUAUAUGGAUUAUUGUGUACAGGGUUUGUACUUGAACCGAAAAUGUACGGAAGUUUCGCAGGUCUCUUCUCCAAUAUCUGAUGCAAACUUAUCGUUUAAUUAUGAUUUAUGCAAUGGCAUUGGUGUAGAUACUACUCUUUAG